AUGAAUUGCCCAUCCCGGACCGACGAUACUCUGCUGCACGAUGAAUGGAACCAGAACCCGCCGCUCUUCGCCCCUGAUCUGACCACCCGCCAAGAUCUCAAUGGAAUUGCGAAUAUUCGCGAGAACAAGUCUGAAGAAAAGGGUACCACUGGGCCUCACGGUGGUCUGAGUUGGGGAUAUGUUCCGCAUAUAGAGGAAUCUGAUACGGAGAAAUACUCCUCGGGCGCGGGCCGCGGGGUGUCUCUGACCCUGUCAGAGCACCUCGGGCCCACCAAGCCGGGCACUCUAGCUGCCCCAAGAAACCCAACUUUAAACAAUACAUACCCAUCGUUCCAGACCAUCAAAGAUUGGGCAUUGUGGCUCUUCUCAGUGCUCUGUGUCGCAAUACUUAUCUCGUCUAGUAAAUUGGGCGGGUAUUUUACCUCGAAACAACAAUUUAUUGUUGAACAAUCUAUCGAGAAACAGUAUACAGCGCCGGUCAAACGAUCAAAGUGCGCAAAUGGAGGUGUCGGCGGUGAUGCGUACAACCUCCCAUUGCAUGUUGCAGCCCUUUUUAUUAUCCUGGGCACAUCGACUGUUGCUUGUGCGUUCCCUAUUCUCGCCACUCGAUUCCCUCGCCUGCAUAUCCCAACCUCGUUUCUAUUUUUCGUCAGUCAUUUCGGAACCGGGGUGCUUAUCGCUACUGCAUUCGUGCAUCUUCUACCAACAGCGUUUACUUCCCUGGGUGACCCAUGUCUGUCGGAUUUCUGGACAAAGGACUACCCGGCUAUGCCAGGUGCUAUUGCACUAGGCGGUAUCUUUCUUGUCACUGUUAUUGAGAUGGUGUUUAGUCCAGCUCAGAAUAUUUGCCGUGGAGGGAGGCAACACAAAGCUGAGAGGGCAUCCUCGCUCCGUUAUGACGAGAGACAGCCCCCAGCGGAGAAAAUGAAUGAGACAGGAUAUCCCAAUCAGCCUCAGUCUCAAAGAUCGGAUUCGCCUGCACUGGAAGGGCGACCUCAUCUUAGAGACAUGGGUCCACUAAUUGGAAGGUCGUCGAGUAUCAGCAGAGCCAUGAAUCGCAUGGGCGAAGGCUCAGAGGAAAUCAUUCGUGUUGCAUCGGCCCCCGAAACUCAAACCCAUCACAAAAAAGAGAACGGAGCAAUCCAGCCAGAUAUCGAGCGACGCGAAGACCAUUUCGACUUGACCCCGGAGCAGAAACAGAACAAAGAAACGAUGCAGGUCUAUCUUCUCGAGAUGGGAAUUCUGUUUCACAGUGUGUUCAUCGGCAUGUCACUAAGUGUGUCAGUUGGGAAUGAAUUUGUGAUUCUCUUGAUUGCCAUCGUCUUUCACCAAACUUUCGAAGGCCUGGCGCUAGGAUCACGAAUCGCCUCACUCCCUUGGUCCGACAGACAACUCCAACCUUGGAUCAUGUCAUUUGCAUACGGCUGCACGACCCCAAUCGGACAAGCCAUCGGCCUCGCAACCCAUACGCUAUACAGCCCGGACUCGGAGGUCGGCCUGCUCCUAGUGGGCGUCAUGAAUGCUAUUUCUGCCGGGCUAUUGAUUUUUGCCUCGCUUGUGGAAUUGAUGUCCGAGGAUUUCCUCAGCGAUGAGAGUUGGCGCGUUCUUUAUGGGAGACGGAGAGUUUAUGCUUGCAUUCUGGUUUUUCUGGGUGCAUUUUGCAUGAGUAUUGUUGGGGCCUGGGCUUGA